AUGCACUUUCCGGCAAUUUUCACGGCGUGCCUACUUUUGGCCAACCUUUCGACGACAUUCGUGAGCUCGACAAAUGAAAUUGAAGUUGAGGACGAACAUCCGUUUACGUAUGAGGAGAAUACCGAGAAGGGUCCCGAGCAUUGGGGGGACCUCAAUCCAAACUGGCGAGUUUGCGAUACCGGAAACUUUCAAUCUCCGAUCGAUUUACGACACGAAAAAGUCGAGCUCUUGUCGGGGCUCGGGCAAUUGAGGAGAACGUACAAACCGGCCCUGGCUGUAGUCAGAAAUCGAGGACAUGAUAUUAUGGUGCAAUGGAAAGGGGAUGCAGGGGGAAUUAUUAUAAACGAGACACGGUACAACUUAAUCCAAUGCCAUUGGCAUACUCCUUCUGAACACCGUGUUGAUGGGAAAAGCUUUAAUAUGGAGUUGCAUAUGGUUCAUAACAACUCACAAGGACAAAUUGCCGUCGUGGGCAUUUUGUAUGCAUUGGGCCGUCCAGAUACGUUUCUCACGAAGCUUUUAUCAAAUAUAACAUCACUUAAUGAUGAGGAGGGAAAUGAAUUGGGUGUUGUUAAUCCAUGGGAAAUCAAGUUUGGAAGUAGAAAAUACUACAGAUACAUUGGUUCUCUUACAGUCCCACCAUGCACUGAAGGUGUUAUUUGGACACUGCUUACAAAGGUGAGGACAGUGUCAAGGGAGCAACUAAGGGCAUUGAGAGAUGCUGUCGAUGAUGGUUUUGAGGAGAAUGCAAGACCAACUCAGAGUUUGGAUGGAAGAUCUGUGUACAUGUAUCACCCUGAGCUUUGA